UCCUGGGUGGGUUAUGCCCCUAUGGUGGUUGGAGCUGGGUGUUGUCUUGUCUUGUCUCUGGAGUAGCUGCAAUGGAGUGUGGGAUGGUUCUGACCCACUUGAAGGUCCAGCCUGGCGAGAGCAUCGCCGUGAAGGGGACGGUGCUGCCGGAUGCUAAGAGCUUUGCCCUGAACAUGGGCCGGGCCGGCUCGGACCUGGCCCUUCACUUCAACCCCCGCUUCGAGAGCCACGGGGACACCCGCAUCAUCAUCUGCAACUCGCUGCAGGGCGGGGAGUGGGGGGAGGAGCAGCGGGAGCCGGACUUCCCCUUCCAGCCGGGGCAGGACGCCAAGAUCUGCGUCUCCUUCGAUGCCCAGGAGCUGACGGUGGCGCUGCCGGGGGAGCAGCAGCUCAAGUUCCCCAACAGGCUGGGGCUGGAGGCCAUCGAGUUCUUCUCGGUGGAGGGAGACUUCAGGGUCAAGUCCAUCAAGUUCAAGUAGCUCCUCCCCUUCCCUGCUGGCUCCACCCCCUCCAUGGGGGGUUAAAAUCUACCAAUAAACAUCAUCUGCUUGUCA